AUGACUGCCACUACCGUAGCCAGAGCUGAGGAGAGUAUCAAGGAUGUUACAGAGAUACUGGAAAAAAUAAUCGAUCUUAUAAAGAAGUUAGCAGGUGGUGAAAGUACCCCGGGAGGCUCAAGGAGAAGGAGAAGAAGCACUGAGUCAUCCGAGAGUAGUACCUCUACCGGAACAUCAAUUCUACAAACACUAGAUGAUGUUACAAAUACAGUCUCGACCGUGUUAGUGGUAUUAUUUAUACACUAUAUCAGUGCCACUGCAAAAGCUAAUGGAGUUACAAUCGUUGAUGUCAUAUCAUACGGAAUAGGAUCCAUGGUCACAAUAGUUAUAGAUCAACUGGAAAUUGUGAAGCAUAAAAUAACUGCAGCAUACGCAAUUAGAACUGCAGUCCGUGCAAGCGCAUUUUUUGUCUCAAUAGUUAGUGAGGAUGCAGAAAAGGAGAUAGAAAAGGCAGCGGAAAGAGUAUUUGCCAAUGCGAUAGUUAAGGCCAUUGGAGAUGCUUUCAAAGAUGUUGUCGAAAAAAGUCUGGGAGAAUCUCCAACUGCAGCUGCAUUUGUCAUUGAAGGAAUAGAGGCACUGAUUAAAAAUGCUGUACCAGGCACGAAAUUCUAUGAUACGGUAAAACAAGCGAUUGUAAUCAUGAGUGCCAUAUCAAGAGCAAGACCGUUGGGUGGUCCAAAUACCGAUUAUUUGUUACUUUCAUUACUAGAGCAAACAGUAGGAAGACUCUAUAGAUCAGCGGAAAACAUUAUGGUAUUAACUGUAAUAGUCUUUAAAUCAAUGGAUGGUAAACCAGAAACAAGACUAUACAGACAUAGACAUUUUCACCGUCACUCACAUAGGCAUGAACACAAAGAAACAUACCCUCUCAGUUGCAAGUUGCCGUUUAUUCCAAGAUGUUUGUAUAAGACCUAG